UAAAAAUAAUAGAAUCAUGUUAAAAUGGCUUUAUAGCGUAAGGGAUAGCCUUACCGCGCAGCAGUUUAUUUUCUUAAUAAUUUUCUUCGCUCUUCUCUCUGUGAUUCCAAUUUUGUAUAAUUGCUGAGAAGAUUUUGCAAGAUUUAGAAGGCUUGAGAGACCAGAUUAUGAUAAUACGGAUUGGUAUGACUACAGACUUGUAGCGUACCUGACACCAAUGGUGUUCCUUGGGCAAAUAUUCACCAGUAAGAUUACAAGCGGAUACUUCAGGAGUAGAUUCUCAAAGAAGUUUGAAGGCGAUGCUCUUGAAUUAAAAGUCUUUAAAGCCACAAAAAACUGAUUUAAAUUCUUUUAUUACUGAGGAAUGAUUGCUUUCGGGUAUUACGUAUACUCUGACACUAAUUACCACUCAUCUUACAUGUUUGGGGAGGGUAAUAUGAUGUAUCUUGACUCAGAUUGGCCAUUCAACAAACCUCCAAGAUUACUCAAGCUUUACUAUAUGGCAGGGAUCAGUUACCACACCUCUGACAUGAUCCAUUUAUUUUUGAACAAAGCUCAGAAGGAUUUCUUCGAAAUGCUACUACAUCAUUAUAUUACGAUAAUGUUGAUUAUUGGAUCAUACAUGACUAAUUUUUGGAAUAGCGGCAUCAACGUCAUGCUCCAAAUGGAUGUCGGUGAAAUAUUUGUAGGCUUCCUUAGAUGUGUCAACGACAUCUGGUCUCCUAUCUUGACAGUUCCUAUCUUUAUUGUGAUGAACAUAUCCUGGAUUUAUCUCAGAAUUAUAGUGUUUACAAAAGAAGUUAUCAUCGAAGGUUCUAUGAUAGGUAGAUGGAGAUUUGAUCAAAACACGAAUCAUCAAACUUCAAUGCAAAUCUUACUAAUGAUUUUAUUACUCCUCAAUUGCUACUGGCAGAUCCUGUUCUUCAAGAUGCUUUAUAACGCUGUGUUUAAGAAAGAUUUCAAGGACUACCAAAACCCAGUUGAGGAUAUUAAGACAAAGAAAAUCCAAGAAAAGAAAUUUGAAUCUUAAUUUUAGAAAAAUCGAUCAAAAUAUAAUUUUCUUAAGUUAUUUAGUUAUG